AUGUGCAAAGGCGUGGAAGGGAAAAAGCUUGGUGGUUCAUGCAGAAGCUUACCACCUGAAGGGAAUUCUUCAUUUGCUGCAACAAGAGGUUGUUCAACAUCUUGUGAGCUGUGUGGUUUGCAAGCUUCAUUGUAUUGUCCGGCAGAUGAUGCAUAUUUGUGCAGGAAAUGUGACGAAUGGGUUCACAGAGCCAAUUUUUUGGCCCUUAGACAUGUGAGGUGCUUUUUGUGCAAAACAUGUCAGAACCUUACACACAGAUAUCUGAUUGGAAUCUCAGCAGAGAUCCUUCUUCCAGUAAGGUGGAUUGUGCAGAAACAGAACCUUCCUAAUAGCACCACCGAUGAAUUUUGUUCAAGAACGAUUAAGAGACCUUUCAUCUUUCUCUAG